CAUUAUUUUGUCAUCAUUAAUUACAUCCAAUAUUUCAAGAAUGACACUUUAAUUUUAAUUAAAUUAAUUAAAAUCCGUUUCGUUUCGCUUCCUCAACCACACACGGUCACAAAUCACAUACAACCCAACAUUAAUCUUGAUAAUUGAGGUGAAAAAGAGAAGAGAGCGCAAAAAAAAGCGCUUACUUAGUAGAUUUUCGUUUUCUUGAAGCACGCAUCACUCUACAUCCUCCACUUCCAACUCUCCACGUCUUCUCCGAGACGAACUCCACUCCAUCGCGCUUUUACUACACGAGAAAUAGAGCAUACUCGGUCUUAAAAAGACAUUUUCGACGCACCGCAAAUGCCAGUCUGUCCUCGACCUUCACAAUGGCACAGCUUUCCAUCGUUAUUUUUCGGUUCUUGGUGCUUCUCUUUAUUGUGUUGUGUUUUUAUUGUGAAGUUUUAGAAUGUAGUAGUAGUAAUAAACACUCUCGAAGACAUGAUAUUCAUAGGAUUGUGAUUAAACCAAAAAGGAAAACGAGUUACAAAAAACCUUAUUCUCACAUACCACAUGAUUACCAUCAUUAUACUUCGGUUCAGGAUGAAAUGUUUGAUCCUUACAACGCCGAACCAAGUCAUCAUUUAGACUCAUCGCCGAUUAUGGAUGAUCCAAUUCAAUAUAUGUCACCGCAUCAUGGUUUUUCAUCAAGAUAUCGAGAACCGGAACGGUAUAAAGAGUUUAAUAAAGAUUACAAAGAAAGAUUGAGAUAUCCAAGUUAUAAGCCGUAUCCAUCAUCGUCUCUUCAACAUUACGAAUUUGAACCUUAUAAACCGGGAUAUGCGGAUUAUAAGAGUUAUAGGGAGAUGAUGGAGGAAUACAAUCGAAAACAAGAAGAUGAGUUUAGAAGGCAACUUGAAAAAGCUAAGAUGCAAAUGCAUUUUGCUCAACAACAACAAUUAGAACAACAACAAUCGCAUCAAAUGCGAGGGCAGGAUGUUUAUCAAUAUGGCGAAUCGCAAGAGAGGCCUAUUUGGAAUGCUCCCGAUGAAAGUGGAUUAAUUAAAGGUGAUUGGAGUCCAAUGUCACAUUCAGAAUCCCCAUCGCAUAUUUCCCCCUCGUAUACAAAACCAUCAACAUUUAAUUUACCACUAUCUACAACACCGCAAACAUCUCAAUAUAUCGAUUUAACGAAAUUAGAUAUGACAACAUCACAACCUCAACGAUUAUUGCCAUUGAUUUCUGCGAAAAACUCAUCUAAAAGUGGCAAUGGAGGAAAACAGAAAAUAAAUUAUAAUUUUAGUCCGAAUUAUUUCCCGAAUCAUAAACCGGAAAGUGGUGUUAUUAAUGAAAACGAUGAUAAACCGAAGGAUUUGAAAGAAUAUUCAGCCGUUGUUAGUACUUCUUAUUCUACUUUGUGGGGAAAUAAUAACCAAAAUGAUGGUGAAAAUGUUGAUGAAAGUGGUAAAUAUCAAACGACUUCGGGAAGUUAUGGAAGUAGAACGAAGAUAAAAAGAACAAAACGACCUGCCACGUAUGGAAAUCAUUAAUUAU